AUGUAUUUCAAGGUUAUCAUUCUGUUCGAUUUCCAAGUCGAAAAGACUGAUAACCUUGAAAGAAAUCAUUGAUAAAUACGAUGCACACAGCGUACACGUACAUAUAUACGAACUUGCUUCAUCUUUUGCGAGUCACGGCAGACCAUUAGCACCGGCGCGAUGACUUCGGCAAAGAUCGAGUUUUCUGUGCAAAUGACAUGUGAAAAAUGUGUACAAGCAGUGAGGAACAGCUUGUCAAAUGUUGAGGGAAUCCAAAACGUCGAGAUAUCCCUUGAAAAUGGGACUGUUGUUGUAGACAGCAGCGUUCCCUAUUCUGUGGUUCAAGAAAAAAUUGAAAACUCAGGCAAACGAGCUGUUCUUAAAGGAUAUGGUGGUACAGGAGCAAGUGCAGUGGCAAUGCUCGGUGGGGACUCAGGAUACAGUGCAGGCGAUCAAAUAAAAGGGGUUAUUAGAUUUGUGCAAGCAGGCGAAGACUGUAUUAUAGAUGGUACGAUAGAUGGCUUGAAUCCAGGGCCACACGGUGUUCAUGUUCACGAAUGUGGGGAUAUCUCAGAGGGAUGUGAGAGCGUUGGCGAACAUUUUAACCCAAAUAAUACACCACACGGUGGACCUGGAGAUGAUCUAACGCAACGGCAUUAUGGAGAUUUGGGUAAUAUUAUGGCUGAUGAAAGUGGUAGAGCCACAUUUCGAAUAGUUGAUAAUGUGCUUAAAGUGUGGGAUAUCAUUGGUCGCUCACUGGUUGUCACCGAUGGUCCCGACGAUUUAGGAAAAGGUGAAAGUCCCCGAUCAAAAAUUGACGGCAACAGUGGAAACAGAUUAUCAUGUGGCAUAAUAGCCCGAGCUUCUGGUUUAUUCCAAAAUACGAAAAAGAUAUGUGCAUGUGAUGGUAUAACUCUUUGGGACGAAAGAGAUCGAUCUGUCACAGGAUGGAAAAAUUCAAAGAAUGGUGUAGCUACUGGUAACUCAUGAGCUGAAACCUUAUAGCCUUGUCGUACCAAGGACUCGGGGAUCUUUUUUACAUUAUUUCAUUACACUAUGUACUUAUCUAUACAGGUGCAGGGUAUACAGUAAACUUUACAUUCCAAGUAACUUAUUGAAUGAGGGAACAGUUUGCAUCUGUAUCGUUCUUUUAGAUACAUGCAUAGGUUUUGUAAAUGGUUAAGGAAAUUGUGAUUGUAGUUUUUAUAUUUUGCCAUAGAAAGUGGAUGUUUUUGUAAAUGUAACAAGUCCUUCACUAUUAAUUACCAUAUUAGAACUUAAAUCAAUUAAACACCCGACAAUUGAAUAUGUUAUUCGCAGAAAGCAUCUGUAGGCAAUGAUAUGGAAUAUAGGUACGUUCAUCAAAAAUACUUGAAUGCUGUUUUGCUAAACAAUUAUAAUUUUUAUUAAGUUUUUUGUUACAAAAUUUAUAUAAAGCAACUUACAGUCAAUCUGUAAAUAAGCACGAAGUGUAUUGAAUACUUAAUUACCAUUAUUAUGAAUAAAAUAAUAUAAUUUGUCUUUCAAUUUGAUACGUUUAUGGAAUAAAUAGACUUGUGUUCUUCCAAGACUUUGCGAAAAUCUUGUCAUACACGAUCAAGGCAAAUCAAAAGUACUGCAAAACGUCAGGGACGAAGAUACUACUUGUGCCUAGUAAAUAUAAAACAAAGAUUUUCGGAACCGUUGAGUAUCUCGAAUACACAAUUUCGAAAGGAUAUCAAACGAUUUUCCUUCUUUUACCAGAUUAUACAAGGUAAAUUAAGUAGGUGCGUAUUAUUGUGAUGCUGAUAAUUUGACUGUUUCACGUUUAUUCAAACUUCCCACGAAAGUAUGGCAUUGUAUGGUCAACACGCAUUCUCAAAAUUUAAUUUCAUGCAUUGAAUGUUCAAGAAAUUAAUAAAUGUAAUAGCCUUAGUUGAACAGAGGAUAUACUAUACAAAUUGCUUAUAUUGUCAUCUUGCAGUCUUCGAAUAUAACUUACGUUUUUAUCUGAACAAAGUAAUAGGAAAAAAAAUUUGUUCAAAGUUGUGGACGUGUGCUCAU